AUGAACAACCAAGUAAAUGAAGAUGCUAUAGAUAUCAAUCUUGGUCUCUCAUUGCCCACCCAUGUUUCGCCAGUGGCUGGCUCUGAGAGCGCUCGUAACAAUAACGCCAGGACACUUCGCAGCGAUGGGCAUGAUCUAGAUGAUAAUAUCUUGAGAAGUUCAGCCGUGAUCUCGGCGCCCACAGGUACCAGUCAGCAGACUGAAGCCAUUGGCGAGAAAGUGAGCAACGAGGAGCGAAUGAACUCGAAUCCUUCCGUUUCGAACUCGACUAGUGCGGGCACAGGGCGUAUAUUAAGUCAGUCUUUGACUAACGAUUCACCAUCGAACGAGAUAUCAACAGAUCAGUUGAAGAUUUUCCAGAGAAUGGACGAAAUGAGUGCAAGAAUGAUUGAAAUGGAGGAGAGUUUCAACCAGCUAUCUGGUAAGAUCGCAGAACAAAAUUCAAUGGUUCUAAACUUGAAAGAAGAUAAUUAUAAAGUUUUGAACAAAUUGAAUAUUUUACUAAAGCUAGUGGCGCAGCCGAUUGUGCGUCAAAGCUCCAACAACAUCCAAAAUAAGUAUGCUGUCGAAUUGCUAAAUUCGAUAUCAGCCGUUAGCAGCGCUUAUUUACAAAAAAUGCAGAAUACUGGUUCUGGCAAGCAGCACAAUGCGGAUUCAUACGCAGGGCUCUCCAACGCCCGCUCCAUUACAAACCAGCAUCAAACCGCGAACGUAGCCAUGGAUGUAAGCGCUAAUACCGCUCACUUAAACAGCCAAUUUUCUAGUGCUUUAACUUCCAUCAUGCCGGAUCAGCAGUCUAAUCGAUUCAAUGGUUCUUCAAAUAUGAACCUUUCUCUUCCCAAUCCAGGUUUCGGCCCUGUCCUGAAUGCACAGAUCAAUCAGAACCAAACGCAGAUUCAAAAUCACAACACAGGCUCACACCAACAGAUAAACCGUUCGCCCAUUGCCUUCCCCAACGUUUCAAGCGACAAGGCGUUUAAGCUGAACCCCAACGGGAUCAAACGGCGCAGAAGAAAUACCCAAAACAACUACAAUGCGGGCGCUCAUGGCGUUGGUACAAAUGCUACACAUAGGCCCAUAUCAAUGCUGUCUCCGUUGACGAACUCGCAUAAUUCUACAACUAGUAUGAACUAUACCCCUUCAUCCAUCCAUUCGAGCGUUACCAGCGCUUCAAAUUCAUUCCAUGAUUUAAAUUCGUUAAAUAAUUUCGGAACGGCAGCAGCUUUAAAUUUGCCUAGCUUAGCCCUCGAUAACGCUCCAUUUCCCGCAAAUCCGAAUGCUAUACCCUGUAACAAUAACAAUAAUUCUCAGCAGCCUAUGUCGUUCUCUCAAUUAAUUAAUCAAGAUAGCGGUGCUUCUGAAUUGCUUCCUAACAGUAAUAGUGGGGUGAAUACGAAUAUUAUAAAUAGAAACAGAGCCUCAACUUUGCCAUCGUACUCAAAGUCUAUGGUAAUGAAAAGCACAGUUGAUGAUGACGGCUAUCAAGAAGACGAUGAUGAUGGUGAUGAUGAAGGCGAUGGUCGGGAUAAUGAAGAAGAUAGCACUGCUGAGGAAGAUGAAGUGGAUGAUGAGAUUGAGACUGAUAUCAAGAGCACCUCUGUCAACAAGCGGAGAAGAAACUUGCAUCACAAAAGAAGCAGUUCUCCCAACGGUAGAAAAAAAUAUCACGAUGAGCCAACAGAUAGAAAUAACACCAACACCAACUCCGAUCUACAUUAUCGGAUACUGAAAGCGCCCACUGACGUGAAGACGAUAUGGGAAGAAUACAUUGCCGGCAUAAGAGGAAACCCGUCGAUCAAGCAUCUUGAAUCCAAAUAUGGUAACAAGUGGAGGCAGAAUAAAAACAAAAAGACCUUUUCGAGAAGAAAGAGAUUAUACAAGUUCAUUUUGAAUGGCAUCGAAAAAGGCAAAACGGCGCAAGAGAUGAUAGAGAUCCUAGAGAAUAAAAGGCUAUACAAAGAUGACGAGGAUGGCGAGGUGAAGAAAAGAACUAUUGGCUGGCUGCAAGAAAGUCUUGCCGGGAUAUAA